AUGGCAGAUAAUAAUGUGUUAGAGCUGAACCUUGGUUUAGGCAACAACAACAACAACAACAGCAACUUUUUUGGUGGUCAUGCACAUGCAGUGCAGUCACCAAGGCAAAGGUGCCCUGCACCAUUUCUGAUCAAGACUUACGAUUUGUUGGAAGAAGGUGAGAGUGAAGAGAGCAAACAAAUUGUGUCGUGGAAUGCAGAAGGAACUUCCUUUGUUGUGUGGUCUCCUGCUGAAUUCUCUGAGCUCACCUUGCCUAGAUAUUUCAAGCACAACAAUUUCUCUAGCUUCAUUCGCCAAUUGAACACAUAUGGAUUUAAGAAAAUAUCAUCGAAAAGAUGGGAAUUCAAGCACGAGAAAUUUCAGAGGGGUUGCAGGUCCAUGUUAGGUGAAAUCACAAGGAAAAAGUGCGAGGCAAGUGUUUUUCCUGCAUACCUCAAGUCUUCUUCUGAGGAAAAUGCAACAACAAGUUCCACAGAAGAAAACAAUCAGCAACUACUUAUGGAGGAGAACAAGAACCUGAAGAAGGAGAGAUUAGAGCUUCAAAUGCAGAUUGAUGAAUGCAAAGCACUUGAAAUGAAGCUGUUGGCAUGCCUCUCUCAGUUCAUGGACACCCACCAAAGUAAAGUUAGGAGACUCUGUUAA